GAUCGCUCAUCUCGCAUCGGCUCGCUCACUUGGCCCCACGCUCGCUACCGCCGGCUUGCGCUUGUCAAAAGUUGCUCGACUCACUCACGCACACACACUCGCGCCAGCUCGCUCGAGCGAGCGCGCGAGCGAGUGAACUCGUUCAAGACAAGAUGUUGCUGCUUGGCUCAGAAUGCGGGACGCGGGGGUAGCGACACUCAUCGAGCGAGUGACUGACUUACUUAGGGUAGCCUAAUGCCCCGCUCCUCCUUCUUCCUUUCAAUCCUUUCACUUCCCUCACAUUUCCUCCGCUGAUAGUCUGCAAAUCCCAUCGUCUCAACCCCCUUCUCAUCGCACCUGGCGUCCGACGUCCAGAGGUGCGGCGAAGCUCUGCUUCAGCUUCCCGUCCUCAUCGCCGCCGCUCGCUGGUGUUGACCAUCUAUGCCAUCAACUCAAGCCCAAUAACUGCUGACCGCUCCUCACCUCAAGAUGGACAGCGCCAAGUCUUCAGUCUCGCCGUUGUCGUCGCCCCCGUCGACUUCGUCGCGGGCACGAACCCAGCCUGCCUCUUCUCUCCCAGAUGCUCCUUCGUCUUCACUAUCACCGUGGCCUCAGCCUUCAUCGCCGUCGCCUCCUCGCAAUCGACCUUGGGGUCCACGUCGGGCACUACCGCCUCCUCCCUUGAAAUUGAUCCCACCACCAACGCCCAGACUGGGCGCUACACUGUCCUUGCCUAGUCCAACGGUCCGCAAAGCGCCCAUCUCGGCACCACCCGUGGCACUCAGCUUCCCUCGAGACGGCCGCUUCCUAAAGUCACCUUGGGCCAAGCCAAUCGAUUCUAAGACGGUACACAACACUCGACGCUCCAUCGAUAGCGCCGUCGCCGUCAAGUCCUGGACUUCCACCAAUGUCUGCUCCGCAACGGCUUCCCCCGUCCUCACAGCCUCUUCGUUCGACAGCCAAGACAUCGAGUCCGAGAUCGAGGCGGCUACGGUCGCUACAGAGAUGGCUCUCCAGGUCCUACGCUCUGAAGGUAGCUCGCUACUUGGUCCCGACGCCCCUUCUGGCUCAAGCAGCGAUGACGCCAACGAGGAGCAGCUCGUCGCAAUGUACAAGGCUCAAGGAAUGUGGCCCAAGACCGUCGGCUUCCAGCUCAAGCCUCCUUCUCCCUCAAUGGACGCUAUUUGGGACCACGAGCGCGGCGAGCAGGAUACCACGGGAUCCUCGCUACUCCGCGGUCAGCUCUUCCACGGUGGCAUUCAAGCUCAAGGUCAAGUCGGCCCAGAGGGAGAGCCCAAGCGCAAAGGGCGAGCAAGAAUGAGCCAAGAGAAGCGACGCCGACUGGCACGACGCAAGGAACGAGAGGCUCUCAUGGCAAUGGGAAUGGGCAUGAUCGAUCAAAACUAUGGGCACAACCAAGGCCACGGUCAUAGCCACGGCCACGGCGGGUACGGAAGUUUCAGUGGUUCUGCCUCACCCACCGCCAGUCGCAGGAUGUCUGGUCUCAGUCAUAGUCAAAACUACCAGCAUCUCGCGCAGCAGCCGCGUCAGCACCAGUACUCAAUCGAAUCUCAAAGUCAUCAUCAUCAGGCUCAGAGUAAUCCUACCUCACCAUCCAAUUACUUCCGACCUCUGCCUCCGGUCUCUGGCUCGGACAAUGCUCUCGGCCUCGAUCUGACCGCCAUGGCCCGGAAGCAAAUGGCCUCUGCCGUUGUUCGAGGCCAUCACUUCUCCUACGGACCCGCCAUGCAUCCGGUCGAGACCUACUAUCCCUCCCUCCCGGGACCAGGGAUGGACGCUCCCUCGUCGCGCUGGUGGACGGCCAGGGAUAUCGCCGCCGUCUCGCCGAGUGCGUCUGCAUCGAUGGGCCUGUCACCCACUCGCACCUCUCGUGACACCAUCGCUACUCAACAGCAAUACCAGCACUACCAGCUGGCCAACAGCUUCGACCCGCGCUACCCUCCCCUGCCUACCACGCCGCGAUCCUACGCCGCCAGCGCCUUCUCUGCCGCAGCUUCGCCGCCUGUGCCCUUCCACACGUACGCCUCCAUGGCCUUGGCCCCGGACUCAUCUGCCGCCUUUCACGCUGCCGCCGUUCAGCAGCAGCAGACUGGUCCGGUCCCUAGCACCACGACUCGCUCUCUCGCAACGACUUCAGCUUGGAGGGGCACCGCUGCUCCCCGGGGCCUUUCGAUAGACUUGACUGGCCAAGCUCCACCUGCUGCCACGGCAGGCUACGUCCACAUCUAGAGUGGCACGCUCAUACCCAAUGCUGGCCCUCACAGAGGACUGGCCUUGACAAGAUCAAGCUGAGCGCCUCGAGCAUCCAAAGUACGGCAGUCACAACUUCGCUUAGUCUCGCCCGCACCCGUCAGCGGCGCUCCUUUCGCCCUUUGAUUGUCUUGUCAAACUAUCCGGAUCGUCCUCUCGUUCGCGCUCCCUCUCUUUGUCCAGAUCGUUACUCCUCUUUUCUUUCUCACGCCUCUCUAAUACCUCAGGACGUCCCCAUCAAUCUCUUCUGCCCUACAGUACGUUCCCCUCAUCAUCAUUCUCAUUGCAUAUAGACGUCCCGUCUCGUCCACCGCCGUCGAGACGAGGAGCAGCAACGAGGCGAGGAGACUUCGCCUCCCUUUCUUCCUGGAAUCAAAGCGAAAGGAG